CCGCAGAUAGGAGCCCUUCUAUCCCUGCAGACUCGUUGGCCGGUUGCUAUGGCAGCCGCAGACAGGAGCCCGUCUAUCCCUCUGGAUUCGUUGGCCAGUUGCUAAAGCUGCAGUAUGGCAAAAUGCCCGAACUUCUUUUUACACUUGACCAUGCCAGAUACACAGGAAUCCGACCAGUUCCACCCAGUGGAAGCUAGCACAGUAUCCGCUCCAGGCCUUCCCGUAUAUUACCCGAAUCUUCCAUUUGGGGCGUCUAUGCAACGGUCAGCUUUUGGAAGGUAUAAUCUUUGGGAAAUGAUCCAGCAGAUUCGUUUUUUGGGCCCCCAAGUGCCCCGGGUGCCUGAUCGUCAAAUACGCAGACCACGAAUGAGAGGUGGAAUGAUAAGACAGCAGAUGCCUUUGAUGGGACAGCCCCACGUAAUGCAAGGUGGAGCGAUGGGAGAGCCACAAGCGCCCUUGAUCAAUUUCCAAGGUAGAGGAGGAAGGGAGGCCCCUAGAGGUCCACAGCGCAGAGGCAUGGGACGUCGAGGCAUGGGACGUCAAGGCAUGGGACGUCGAGGCAUGGGACGUCGAGGCAUGGAAGCUCCAGGGAUAGCACCUAGAGGCAUGGCGCCUCCUCAGGGCAUCGAACCCCAGAGAAGGAGGGAACCCAAGCGCAAGAAGUCCAAAGACGAGAAAAAUCAAGGCGUGGAGCCCAGAGAGAGGGAAGAGGAAGAUAUGGAGCCCCCUAGAGACAUGAAGCGCAGACGCAGGAGAUCUCAAGAAAGAGAACCCCCAAGUAAUAAUGCCUGAAGGCAUGGAGCCUCCUAACGGCAUCUAACGUCCCAGAGGCAGCAAAGCCAGGUGCAAGAAUACCCGAGGCAAGAAAAAUUAAGGCAAUGGAGCUCACGAUUUAGGUGUUUCUCAACAGCAGAUCAGUGUGAUGGGAGCCUAAUUCAUCUUGUUAAUAGAAUGCUCUGUUCUUUCGUUCUGAAAAAUGUCUAACCAAAUGGCAUGUUGAAGACAGCAUAGAAAAUGGCUUCUACACCCAUCCUAUGUCUGAACCAGAGCAGUACUGAGGGGAAGAGGGCUCAUUUCCUCUUCUUCCUCCCCUUGUUUAUCUUACUUCUCCCGUCAUUUUGUUUACUUCCUUGAGUUUCAAUUAAAAGUUGGGUUUAGCAAAA